AUGUUAAUUAUAUUUUUAAUUUUAAUAUCGCAUUCUGUUAGUGGUCAUAUAUCAUUAAAUUUAGAUCCUCCUACAACGGGGUUUGAUAAACAUUUAUAUGAAGAAGUAUUGGAUUCGGAAGAAUGUCAGAAGCAGUUAAAUUAUCUGGUUACGAACGAUUCCUUUUUGUUGGCGCAAUUUCUAGAUGCUGGCUUAAGAAUUCCAAGAGGUCUAUUAAAAGGAAACACACUAGACAUGGGAAAUUAUUUUGCAUGCCUCGAAAUAAAUCAAAAUGUAGAUAAUGAAAUGGAUAUAAGUGGAAAAUACUGUGUCAUACGAACAACUCCAAAUUUGGAGCCUAAAAGAAACAGGAAUAUUCCACAAUGGCUUAAUCCUAUAAAACAUGGAUUGAGUGAAAAUGAAUGGAAACCUAUUGAACAAUAUGAGAUGAGUAAUGGGAUUGAUAACAGGAAUGUAAUAUCUAUUUUAACGAACACUAGGUUAAGAUUAUCUUUAUGUAUACCAAAGCCGUGCACAACAAAAGAGGCAAUAGAUGGGUUACUAUUCAAUAUUACUUCUUUGGGAUUUCAAUAUGAAGAUGAUUUUUGCCGUUUACCAAAUGAUAAACCUUGGGUAACAGGAGAUACGGUUGCAGUAACAAUUCUUAGCCUUAUUGGUUUAUUGACAAUCAUCAGUACAACUUACGAUAUUGUGACUAGACAAAAAAGUGCAGAUUCAAAGCAAUCAAAUGAGAUAUUGCUUUCGUUCUCAGUUCUCAAAAAUGCCAAAACAUUUUUUGAUAUAUCCACCAAACCUGGCUCUUUAGAAUGUGUAGAUGUCGGUCUUUUGAAAAAUCUCCACAAGUUUUACCUAAAUCGUCUUUUGCGCAUGUUUCCAUUACUCGCUUUGACGAUUUUGUUCGAAGCCACAUUACUUAAUCACAUAUCUGAUGGUCCAUUUUGGGAAUCUGUGGCUAAAAGUGCGGAAAAUUGUAGAGCGCAUUGGUGGUCUACUUUCUUGUAUGUACAGAAUUAUUUGAACGCGGAAAAUGUUUGUGUCUCAAUAACAUGGUACUUGGCGAUAGACGUUCAACUACACAUACUAUCACCUCUCGUACUAUUUUGGGUACUUAGUGGUAAACGUAAUAUAGCAUGGAUUGGUCUAACCGUUGGUUUGCUUGGUUCUAUAACAGCGGCCACUAUUUAUAACUUCGUUAAGAACUUUCCUUCUAGCAUGAUGUCUAAUCGUACAGACGAAUUUAUGUACUACACAAUAUAUUAUUACAUCAAUACGUUAACAAGAGCACCACCAUUUUUAGUGGGAAUGGUGUUUGGAUAUCUACUCCAUGUGUGGCGGAAUGAAAAAGUGGAAAUAUCAAAGAUAAUGAACAUAAUUAUCUGGCUCUUAGUAUUAGCUGUACAAGCACUAACAGUCUACAGUUCAUAUCCCAUAAUGCAGUCAACUUGGGAUAAUCAAACAGCAGAUAAUUUGAUCAAUUCGUUUGUAAGACCCGCGUGGGCUUUGGCACUGGGAUGGGUUAUAUUUUCCUGUGUUCAUGGGUAUGCAGGACCAAUAAAUUGGUUUCUAUCUCUAAAAAUGUGGAAGAUACCAGCCCGUUUAUCCUAUGCUUUGUACAUAAUGCACUAUUCCAUUAUGGUCAUUAUCAAUUCUAGCAGAGUUGCCCCCAUUUACUUCACAGUUGGGAAUAUUAUGUUCUACUUCUGUGGUUAUCUAGUUGUGUGUGCUUUUGUCACGAUUGCCGCAUGUAUUCUUGUAGAUCUGCCUUUUUCUAUUUUGUUCAGAAUUAUGUUAAGAGGUACUUACGCCAAAGAAAAAAGAUGUCGUACCGUUGAAACCUGA